AUGGCUCGGACUAUGUUUUUUUUGGGCUGUCCCGAAGGGAAAAGCCGACAAAAAGCGCGGAUUCUCUGUAACUCCAACAGUCACACAUCUAACUGUCAUGAGUUACUCGAAGGUGGAGUCGAUGGAACCAUUAUCAAGCUACCAGAAAGCUGUGGUCCGGAAACAUAUGCUGUUGCUCACAGUCUGUCCUUAUCGGAUAACCAGGAGCUUCCUUUGAUCCAUACAGGCGCAGCCAACCGGACCGUAUCAGAUCUGGAAAUCAGCUAUGACUUUGGUCUUGUUAAAAGGGACGCUGGGGAUGUCUAUAUACGUAUUGACUACAGCAAUCUCGAAAGUUAUUGGAACGCGGGCGUCAACAGUGCUGGCGAGUCGAGAAAAAGAUCUACUGAUGACAUUUCGAAGAGAUUUUUUGGUACAAAUGCAACAUCAUGGAAAUCUAGAUUUGAUGAUGUUCGAAGUGAAGCAUCAGGUGACCUUGACCACACACUUUUCGCUAAAGCCUUCACAUCUCCACUAUACAGUAGCAGUAAGAGCUAUGAAGGUGAGGAUGACAACUAUGCCUCCAUUGGUUUCAGUGGAAAUGUCUCAUCAAAAGCCAGAUUUGGCUACAGUUUUGUUGGUACCAUUGUCCCGUUCAAUAUUGUACAGGCCUAUGGUUUCUCAGAGAGCGAGAUUGAAGUAAUAGCUAUGCUUGACAUCCAAGUAUACGGUGGACUGAAGCUUCCUAAUACCCGAGCAAACGUUUUCCCUAGUCCAGUGACCUCCAAGGAAUUCAGCGUACCCGGCCUCAUUCACAUAAAGCCCAGUCUGCAGAUUGUCGCAACAUUAAAUGCUAAUAUUGAGGUGGCAGCCGACUUUGAGGUAUUCUUUAAUACAUCCACACCGAUACCAAUCACGCAAUACUAUCCUUCCUCUUUGGGGACUGCUAAUGGUAGCUCUGAAAUGCAUGCUAUGAUAUUAGGCGAUGGAUUCUCGGAUUCAACGGCUGGCACGGCUAGGUUUGGAUUUAUGCCUACUAUGCAACUGGACAUUACAAUCGAUUCAUACAGCACGGGUAAAGUAGAGAUACAUGAAACAAUUAGUGCAUUUCACGAUGCCUUUGUGGCCAUUACAUCUGACGACAAGAACUGCCCUUCCUUACAAGCAGGUAUUAGCGGUGCUCAGAUUAGCCUCGAAAGUGUUGCAGGUUCUUUCACGCCCUGGAGUGGUGAUGACACCUCUCAGCAAAUAUUGAGCCACAUAAAGUCUUCUGAUCUGCCGACGAUAUGUCCUAGAUCUUUCUCUGGAAGAUCCAUGAUUUCGGGGGAUCUCCCUAAUGUCGUGAUAAAUUACCCCGCUCCUUAUGUUUUUGGCAAUUAUUAUCUCAUCACAUGUGCUGUGGGGCUGGGUGCAGGAGAUUAUUUAUUUAUUGGACCUCAAUCUGGAGAUCCAGAGUUCUGUUCCACUUCCCCUGAAAUGUUUCCAUAUUCCGGGAUCUUCGACAUCGAUGGCUCAGAACUAGAAUAUGAAGACCCCGAAGGUAUUGGGCCAGCCCCGGGCAUUAUUAGCCUAGGGUUCCGAUCUGUUGAGGAGAGAACCGCUUGGCGUAUGUUUCCAGCCUUUGCUAUUGGCUUUAAAAAAGCGGCAGUAAAGUCUGUAUCGUAUCCCAACUGGCAACGAUUACUCAAGUACACCGCGUUCGUAUACCGCAAUUACGGGCAAGACUUCUCUAAAGCUGCGACACAAUGUGCAGUGCCAAUUUUGCUUAAUAAUUUACCACAUACCGCAGAAACAGUUGUUGAGCAUGUAUUCGAACAACAAGUACUGGCCAAGUUCAUCUUUACGGCAUCGGGCAACAUUAAGGAAUUCCCUUCUGGUUUGAUACCUACUCGUGCUAUAAUCCCAACCGCUGCAUGGGAUGCAUUUGCAACGAUACAGGUCAAAAGUGCUAUCACGGGCGAAAUGGGAACAAUGAUGCAGCAUUUGUUCUCAGCUCUCGGUUCCUAUCGAUAUCCUGGCGCUCUGAGCUUAGUCCAUAGAGACCUGAAUGCGUUAUAA